CACAAUGGAAGAGACUCCAGUUAAAGUGGCCGUGAGAGUCCGUCCUCUGCUGUCCAAAGAAAUCCUUCAUAACCACCAAGUGUGCGUGAGACCUGUCCCCAACACACAGCAGAUCAUUAUUGGGAAGGACCGCGUCUUCACGUUUGACUUUGUGUUUGGGAAGAACGCUUGCCAAGAUGAUGUGUUUAGUUCGUGUAUUAAGCCUCUUCUCGUGUCGCUGAUUGAAGGAUACAAUGCUACUGUUUUUGCCUAUGGACAGACUGGCUCUGGCAAGACAUACACAAUUGGAGGAGGACAUGUUGCUUCUGUGCCAGAAGAAGAUAUGGGUAUUAUUCCCCGUGCCAUCCAAGAGCUGUUCGAGAGUAUAUCUGAACAUCACAAUGUUGACUUCAGUAUUAAAGUGUCUUACAUUGAGGUGUAUAGAGAAGAGCUGCGGGACCUUCUAGAACUGGAGACCAGCGCAAAAGAUCUCCACAUCAGAGAAGACGAAAAGGGCAACACAGUUAUUAUUGGUGCCAAGGAAUGCCAAGUGGAAAGUGCUGAUGAAGUCAUGAGUCUGCUAGAAACUGGCAGUGCUGCCCGGCAUACCAGCGCAACUCAAAUGAACGAGUACUCCAGCCGCUCCCAUGCCAUAUUCACCAUUAGCAUAUGCCAGCAAAGAGCCUCAAAUACUGACCAUACAAACAACAGCUCAGUGCAGAUGAUCACUUCAAAGUUUCACUUUGUUGAUCUAGCAGGGUCUGAAAGAGUGACAAAAACUGGGAACACCGGAGAAAGAUUUAAAGAGUCCAUCCAGAUUAACAGUGGGUUACUGGCCCUGGGAAAUGUAAUAAGCGCCCUGGCCGAUCCUAAAAGGAAAGGUGCGCAUGUGCCUUACAGAGAUGCUAAAAUCACACGUAUCCUAAAAGACUCUUUGGGGGGAAAUGCCAAAACUGUCAUGAUUACAUGCAUUAGCCCUUCCUCCUCUAACUUUGAUGAGUCUUUGAACUCCCUUAAAUAUGCUAAUCGAGCUAGAAAUAUUAAGAACAAACCUAUAGUAAAUUAUAACCCCGAUUGGGACAGAAUUGAUGAAAUGGAACUAGAAAUCAAAGCAUUACGAGAAGCUUUGCAAAAUCAGCAAAGUAACAGAGUGAGCCGAAUAAGCCAAGUAUCUCAGGAGUGGAGCCAAGAUAAAGACAAAAUACGCUGUCUGGAGGAGCAGAUAGGGCACUUGCAAAUGGAGUGCUUUAACUACAGACACUGUACCGAGGAGGCUUUGGAACUGCUUCUCGAUCUGAAGGAUGUGCCUAGCAUAACACAACCCCAGAAGAACAAGCUCCAGAACUGGCUCAAUAUGGCCGAAGGUUUGAGAAAUGAAUUGACGGCUGUAACAGGCAGAGAUACUGAGGAAGACAGAGAAGAACCGCAUCACAUCACCAUCUUACAGCUGAAAAGGGAACUGAAGAAAUGCCAGGAAGCCCUGGCAACGGAUGAAGAAGUGUUUGCUAGAAAGGAGCUGGAAAUGAAAGAAUUGCAUGGCCAGAUCCAGUCGCUGCUGCAGGAAAAGCAGGAAUAUCAAACGUGUAUGCAGGAGACAGAGCACACGAAGAACAUUCAGACUGAAAAACUUGUGGAACAACAGCUUCUCAUUGAUGAACUGAAAAAUAAAUUGGAGAAGAUGUCGUAUAACCUGUCUUCGCUAAAUGGCAGUAAAGAUGAAGAAUGGAAUAAUAUAUCUAAGAGACCUUACAGUGUACCCCUUCAUUGCCAAUCUCAGCAUCUCUCAUUAAGUGGCAAAGCAUCCGCUACCCAACCAUCGCAAAGAAAGGUGCAAAGCAGUCCUCCUUCGUACUCCUUGGAGCGAGUGGUGGCAGGAUUUCGAACCCGCAGCCAGAUGCUCCUAGAUUUAAUAGAAGAGCAGGAUGAGGUUUUGCAUGAAAAAUUCUCAGACCACAGUGAUGAUGAAAAUAAUAAGAAGGAGAAACAGAACAGAAAGAAAUCACCAUUUAGACGCUCUAUCAAUCGGACGUGGACACGAAGUCCGGCCCCGCAGACGGCUGAAAUAAAUACUGAUCCAAACCAAGCCCACAAGCCUCUAUCAAGGAGUGAAGGCUUCUCAAACGAUGAGACUGUUUCAGAUACAGCCAUUGUAUCACUCCAGGAGAGUCAAGAGCUGAAUAUGAAGAGAUUAAAACAUUCCGAACUUCGCCUAGCAGAUGCCAAACAGAAGAUGAGAGAGCUUACCAUCAAUAUAAAAAUGAAAGAGGAACUUAUCAAAGAGUUACUGAAAACAGGCACCGAUGCCCAGUUAAUAAAAUCACACUAUUCGCAGAAGAUAUCCCAGCUGGAGCAGGAAGCGGAGCAGGCAAAGGCAGACCUGGCAGAAGCGCAGAAACAGCUGCAGGAGCUGGAGGAAAAAGAGCUGCGAGACAUUGCCCAAAAAGCAAAGCUCCAGAGAGACUUCCGCAAGAGAAUGGAUGCAGCAAAACUCAAAGUGCAGGAGCUACAGAAGAAGCAGCAGGACACAAAGAAGCUAGCAUCUAUUUCAGUGCACAAUGAGAAGCGCGUGACAAAUCUUGAACAAAACGUCAAUCAGAUGCGACAGCAACAGGUCCAGCUACAAAAAAAACUGAGAGAUGAAACGGAGAAAAAGAAGAAAUUAGACUUGGCAAUCCAGAAGGACCAGCAGCAAAUCAAGGAGCUCCAGCUAAAGAAUGAACAGCAACAAAAAAUGUUAAAAUUAAAAAAUGAAGAGCUUGCAGCCUUUAGAAGAAAGAAGAGUACCGCUGGGAUACCAGACCCGAUGCAGAUAAAACUAGAGGAACAAAAGAAGUGGCUCGAUGAAGAGGUCGAGAAAGUCUUGAAGGAACGACAAGCGCUAAAUGAACUUGAGGAAGAAUUAAAGAAAAGAGAAGAAACCAUUAGUAAGAUGGAAUCCUUGCUCCAGGAGAAGAGCCACCUAGACAUAAAAAAGCUCAGAUCAAGCCAGGCUCUAAACAGCGACAUGUUAAAGCUGUCAACUCGUCUGAGCGUUUUAGAGAGUGAACUGUCUGAUAAAACAAAAAGACUGAAAAGCGGUGAUGCAGAGGAGCAGAGAAAAGUGUCUGAGGAGAUCAAAAUAUUACAGAAGGAAAGGGAUCAACUCCUACAGAGAAGAGACAGCCUGGAUGAGAAACUGAAAAAUGGCAGAGUGCUGUCGCAAGAGGAAGAACACGUCCUGUUCCAGCUGGAAGAAGGCAUAGAUGCACUGGAGGCAGCCAUUGAGUACAAGAAUGAAUGCAUUCAGAGACGGCAGCAGUCUGUGAAAGACUCUACUCAGAUACUCACACAGAGCGAAACCAACGUGAUUGAGAAAUUUAGUUCUCUCUCACCACCCGAGACCAGAUCUAUCCUUGUCAGAUACUUCAACAAGGUUGUAAGCCUGCGUGAGUCGGAGCGUAAACUGCAGAUGCAGUCCCAAGAGCUGGCAAUGAAGGUCACUGAGCUGGAGAGUAUAGUGAGGGAGCUGGAAUCUGCGUUGGAGCAUCUUACUCUACAAAGCGACCGACAGCUGACUCAGCAGCAAAAGGAGCAUGAGCAGAAGAUGCAGCUGCUGUUGCAGCACUUUAAAGAUAAUGAUGGCACAGUCUCUGCAUCAAGCAUUAAGGCCUAUGAAGCCAAAAUUGAGGAGCUAGAAAAAGAGCUUUUCUUCUAUAAGAAAACCAGCCGGGAGUUUAAAAAGAAAUUAAAGGAGGUUGUUGGAGAAGUGAAUGCUUCUAUUCCCAAAAACAGUGGGCCAGGAGAUGGACUUCAACGAGAGGAUGACAUAGCAUCAAUUGUUUCUAAACAACAGAUGUUAUUCCAACCUGAAAACAAGCCAAACACAAAGUCAAAAGAAAUGCCAAACUCUCGACAUCGGCAGAAUGCUUACAGAGCCGGUGGGAAUAAUUCAGAAGCUGAUGAGCAGUUUUCUGAAUCACGCAGGCAAAAUAGAAGGCACUUUUCCAGUGGAGAUGAUACAGGUGACUUAGAGGAACCACACGGUAUAAAACCUCAACCCCAGUUCACAUCUCAGAUGUCAAAAGUAGGUUCUAACAUAACCCAACUUCGUUCGACUCCAGUCAAAUUAUCACGUCGUGACCUGCGUCAGAUAUCGGUGUCAGAGCUCUCGACCCGACGCUCUAGCUUCAGCUCCAUUCCUGCUGAUUCGAUUGAAAUUGCACGAAAGUCAACAGACUUUAAGGUUUAAUCCUUUUGUGCGUGUUACAAAGAACAGCACUUAUACAUAUAGCAGUCUUUUUUUUUUUUUUGCACACAUCAUGGACCAUUCCUGAAAUCAAAGCUUUACUUACUGAUUUACAGAUAGGCUGCACUCAUUUAUAGAAGUGUUAUUUCGUGUAUGUUGUCCUCAACAGCUGUUACCUUACUACUUUAACUUAUGGUUCCCUUAAAUUAAAUAUUAAUAAGAAAA